AUGUCGACGGAAGAAGCGACACAUCGAAGUCAAGCAGCUGAACUUGAAGAAUUAGAUGCAAAGAAAUUACGUCAGGAUUGCAUGAACAUUAUGCCGAAUGGGAAUUCAAAAGAGGAUGGAGAAGCUUACAAAUUGGACCGCCUUCGGAAUCUUGUCAAUAGGAUUUUCAGCGGUGAAAACAGCAUUUGUUUGAAAUCUUUGUUAGAAUCAACUGAUGCAUCAACUUUUAAUAAUGAUGUUGACUUGUCAGUCGUAAUAGAUGAUAUUUUUAUGCGAGCUCUAUGUAACAUGCAGGAAAGCAAUGUACAGAUGAUGAGUACAGGUAGAAUGCUAGGAAAACAACUCGGCGAACCGCUGUUUGAUUUACCUCUCAUUCUACCAGAAAUGGCUUUGCAUUAUCUUAUCGCAACAAAUGAAAAAUUGGCUACUGAAGGACAGAAUCAGUUUUUAAUGGAUUACGAGCGGUCCGUGAUUCCAAUUAUUCAGAAAAGACUUUUUGCUCAAACAUCUUUCCUUCUUCGUGGUUUUUAUGGUGAAAAAUUUACAACUGAGGACAUGAUAGCAGUCUUUAUUCGAAUGUUUUAUCAGCAGCAAAUACCAGAAACUUUUGCCUACAACUUGAUAAAUUACUGUACAGAUGAAGAUGUGGCGGACCAUGGUGCACUUGCUGAGAUUUUCAAUCCCAUUUUGGAUUGUGCGCAUAAGUCAAUGAGUUCCCAACAAAUGUCGAAUAAGUGCAACAGGGAAGUGGCUGUUUAUCCAUAUUCCUUGCUGAAAUUCCUUGUAGGCGUCAGAACUUCAUCUAAUAAGAGGCCUGUUGCCGAUUUGCUGGUUUCACGGGCGGAUUUCAUAUCGAAAGUGCACACCGUCCUCGAAGGCCAUGAUUUCGCGCGACUCUGUUAUUUGGGACCAUUCUUUGAAUACAGUACAGCUCCUGCUGAUAACGGAAGCCUCUCUAUUUACAUGCCAUUUUUCGACUGCUUUCAACUUCCGGAAGACGACCAAAAGCCGAUGUUGUAUAAUGUUUAUCAGAACGAUUUAACACUUGUUAGGCGUCAUUUACAUCAAAUAUUGCAUCAGUUGUUAGCAAAUACUUCGAGCCGUAACAAAACGUUGGAUUUCAUUACUCACGUGUUAUCUGUCAAUAUCAAGAGGCGACAGAUGAAUCCGGAUUACUCGAAGUUGUCAUCGGAUGGUUUCAUGUUGAAUUUCUUUGAUGUAAUGCUAAGUUUGGCUGAGAAAGUGACAUUUGAUAAGGUCAACACUUAUUACAUAUUCCAUCCGGAAUGCAGAAUUGACUUUUCGGAUGAAACGCGAUUGAAAUUGGAUUUAGAACAAACAAAAGCCUUCGCAAAAAUGAUAGAUACUAAGUUCGAAAUUAAAUUUCCCACGGAAUGUUUCUUUCUUACGGUACAAGCGCAACACCUAUCACUAUCAGCUGCGAUUGGACAACUAAAAUAUUUGAAGAGGAACUUACAUGAAAUUGAACUUGGUCUAAAUGAACUUAAAGUACAGUUACGCAGAUUAUUAGCACUACAAAUAAGAGAAAAGGCAAUGAUUGAAGCAAAACUGGAGCGUGCUAAUAUUUUUCGUACAAGACUCAUUCGAAGAAUUAUGUGUUUGGAAGCAGCUCUAUACGAUCCGGUGUUUCUCCAUCGAGCUUUGGAAUUCUGCAGCCGUCAGCUUACGUUCAUCAUCAACAU